AUGGUUUGCACCGAUGAUGUCAAUAUAAAUACAAUGACAAGUUCACAGGCACUUCAAUAUAUGAAAGAAGAAAAGUGUGCGCGAUUCCUAUUAGCCAGUCAACCAGUGUUGUUCCGCUGCAUUGGUGACCUUUCAACUCUACAAUGUCCAAAGACUAAAGACGGGGUCCGAAGUGGAAACCAGGAAUGUGUUCGAAACCCUGUCGAGGCCCAGAAAUCUUUGCUGAAUAGAGCCACAGCACUCGAUUCUUACAUCGGUUGGAUUGCUGCAAGCUGGGUGACCUUUUUCACGAAGGAGAAUGAACGGGAGGCGCAUAUUCUAUCAUCACAAAUAGUUCAAGACCUGGUCCAGUCUAGAUGGUACUUAGCAGGUGCGUUGGUUGCAGUCUUCGUGCUGUGCUUCAUAUACAUUUUGCUGCUGCGAUGGGUUGUGGCUCCGGUCGUUUGGGUAUCAAUUGCUGGUCUAUUAGCAUUGCUCUGUUUCGCUAUGUUUCUCUGUUACAAGAAUUUUGAAUACUAUAAGGCAAAUCCAGCGGGUCUAUACCAAACCAACAAUUUAAAGGGAUAUGCUCAAUCUAUAUUUUCCAAAUACCAAACGUGGCUAGUUAUAUUAAUUGCGUUGGCGGUUAUUUUCCUAAUCCUACUACUAGUAGUGAUAUUUCUACGAAAUAGGAUAUCGGUUGCCAUUGCCCUUAUACGUGAAGGCAGCAAGGCAGUAACAGCGAUCAAGUCGACAGUAUUGUUCCCAGUAUUCCCAUGGAUCUUACAAUGUGGUAUUAUAGCGUAUGGAGUGUUGGUGCUGAUGCUGCUCCUCUCGAUCGGAGAAUCAUCAUUCCGAGUAGUAAACUUACGGAAUGAUACUACAUGUAGCUGUGCCGGCGUUUAUACUGAGGAAGGGCAAUCGUGUAAUCCAGCCAAAUUCAUAAGUGUCUGCCGUGACACUCAAUCCGUAGGAGGUUUAAUGCCUUGUUCUUUAGCCUCCUGUCAUUUUACGGGAAUCGAAAAUCCUAAUAGUGUGAUUGCGUUGCAUUUGGUCAAUUUGCUUGGUUUCUUCUGGACAAUGUUUUUCAUUAGUGGCAUCACUGAUAUGAUGCUGGCGAGCACAUUCUCCACUUGGUACUGGACUUUCAAAAAGAGGGAAUUGCCAUUCUUUACUCUCACUUCGGGAAUAUAUAGAGUUCUUCGCUACCAUCUAGGCACGGUUGCUUUUGGGGCUUUGAUUAUUGCAAUUGUUCGAGUAAUAAGGGUUAUACUAGAAUAUCUAGACAGAAAGCUUAAGAAAUUCGAUAAUCCAUUCACUCGAUGCAUUAUGUGUUUCUGCAAAUGCUUCUUCUGGUGUUUGGAAAAUUUCCUGAAGUUUAUAAAUAAGAAUGCGUAUAUUAUGUGCGCUGUGCACGGAAAGAACUUCUGCAAGAGUGCACACGAUGCAUUCUCGCUACUCAUGAGAAACAUUGUUAGAGUUGUGGUUUUGGAUAAGGUAGCAGAUUUCAUAUUUUUCCUAUCAAAACUACUGAUCUCAAUCGGUGUUGGAUUCGCGGUGUAUUACCUACUUGAAUGGAACUACGUGUACGAAAUAACUAAUGGCGAAAAACUGCACUACAACUACGUACCAGCCAUAAUACUGAGCGUAGCCACCUACCUUAUUUGUACUAUUUUCUUCAAUGUAUACUCGAUGGCUGUGGACACGCUAUUUCUUUGCUUUUUGGAAGAUUGUGAGCGGAACGACGGCUCGUCCGAAAAGCCAUACUUUAUGUCUAAAAAUCUAUUGAAAAUACUUGGCAAGAGAAAUAAGAAACUAAACUAA